UCUGGCAACAUUUUAAAAAGUUGGCAACACUGCAGUGUUGUUAUUGCUUUAGCUGAGAAGUAAACAAAAGGCGACGAAUGUUUGUUUUUUUCCAAAUAAAAGCCAAUGGAGGAUAGAAAAUCGGGGGAAAUGGCAAGAAAGCGAAACAGGAACAGGAGCAAGCAGCGCAGACGAAGGCAGAAAAGUGAGGGAAAGCCAAAGCCACCGACAUCUCGAGAUCAGUGGAGCAAUGUGGCUCAAAUAUACCAAAGCCUAUUUGAAUGGCACCACAAUCAUGUUGUGAGCCUCUGCCCUGGGGUUAAUCCGAAUGUGGAUCAGAACUUAGAGGAUUCUCCCAAGGAAACAGGCACUACGCACUGCCUUGAUUACGUCUACGAGAGUUCCUCCGAGGAUGAGGAGAUCGAACCCAUUGACGAGGGCUAUCUGAAGUUCCUGGAGGUGACCAUUAGGCAUCAGCAGGAACUCAGGGAUCAAAGAGCUGCCCAAACCACCGACUCUUUAGAUUAGGAUUAGGAUAAGUCAUGUGUUUAUGCCAAUGAAAACCUGAAAAAAGUAGAUACUCCUCCGAAUCAUUUAUAUCUACAUGUAUGGAUUUCUGACUGCACAAAAAAUGUUUAAAUGUAAAUGCUAAAGUUAUGACUUCAAAAUGUAUCUUAAGUGAAAUGUUCUAAUUUAAGCUCAAGCUUAUAAGUUUGGUAUUUAUUUUUGGUAAACAGUAAAUUUAACUUUUAUAGGGUAUAUUUUUAUAUGUGCGUCUUAAAUGUAUGUAGCAUAAAAUAAUGUUUUGAUAACUAAAUAUUUAUACACGAUCAAUGUUGAAUAA